AUGGCGGUCUCCCCGCUACUGUUAUCAAGCCAAGCAGCAAAUGUUGCGAAACAGGCAGGCUUGGUUACCAUUCACGGAGCACCAGGUUACAGACUGGAGAGCUACGAGUACCUGCUAUACAACUACUCGUCUACUCCGGACUUCGUACCAGAGGUGACGAUGGGUUAUGUUGGUCUGUGCCUUGUGGGAGAUCCUGUCGGUGGGUUACAAAGUUCUCCGUCUGAGCACUGGGUCCCUGUGGAUGAGCAAGAUGGGGGCCAUGAUUUGGCCCUCGAACAAGGGCAAAGUACAGAGCCGAGACGGAAGACUCAAGCGCUGGUGUCUCGCCCCACCACUGGCACAGCAUCUCUUUUGUCGACUCGAAACGCCGGCCUUGCGGCCUUGCGGCUGAAGGCUGGCUGCAAGGUGCCCUCGGGUGGAAAGAUGGCUUUUGCUUCCAGAAUCUUUCGCUUCGACUCGUACCACGAAGUGCCCUUGUUGCCGUUCAUGAUGGCCGACUGCCAGCCUACCAAUGCCUUCCGUGGAUGCCCAGCGGGCACCUGGGUCGAUACUAGCGUCUUCCUGCGAGAUGAUAUCGAUGGCCGGAUGGGAAGCAAAUGCUCGCUGCAUUACGGGGCGGUCAGCCCAUCGUGA